CUUUUAUGCUGGUUGGAGUUUCAGAGUUUAGUGGCGGUAGUUUCGUGGGACAUCGCCAUUAUGAGCUUCCUUAGGACGUUAUGUAAUGUGUCUAAGUUUCUGAAGCCUACUUCGAAUUUAUCAUCAGUUCGUGCAUCCACGUUUAUUAGCCAAAAGCGUGGAUAUGCCGUAGAGGCCAAACCAGCAGCCGAUGCUACGAAAGCAACUGGUCGUGUUGUCGCAGUUAUUGGUGCAGUUGUAGAUGUACAGUUCGACGAAAAGUUGCCACCCAUUUUAAAUGCUUUGGAAGUCAAAGGUCGUACUCCUCGUCUUAUACUGGAGAUUGCCCAACAUCUUGGUGAGAACACCGUGCGCACAAUCGCUAUGGAUGGUACCGAAGGUCUCGUUCGCGGCCAUCAAUGCGUUGAUACUGGUGGUCCCAUCAGUAUCCCUGUUGGUCCAGAGACUCUUGGUCGUAUCAUGAACGUUAUUGGAGAGCCAAUUGAUGAAAGAGGACCCAUUAAAACUAAAAUGAUGUCGGGUAUUCAUCAGGAAGCCCCAGAUUUUAUUGAAAUGAGUACUGAACAAGAAAUUUUAGAGACAGGCAUCAAAGUUGUAGACUUGUUAGCUCCUUAUGUGAAGGGAGGGAAGAUAGGCCUUUUCGGUGGUGCUGGAGUUGGCAAAACUGUAUUGAUUAUGGAACUUAUUAACAAUAUUGCUAGGGCUCACGGAGGUUAUUCUGUGUUUGCUGGUGUUGGUGAGCGUACUCGUGAAGGCAAUGAUCUGUAUCACGAAAUGAUAACAACUGGUGUGAUUGAUCUAAAGGGAAACAAUUCUAAGGUGUCUCUAGUCUAUGGUCAAAUGAAUGAACCACCAGGAGCACGUGCUCGUGUUGCCCUAACAGGUCUGACAGUUGCAGAGUACUUCCGAGACCAGGAGGGACAAGAUGUGUUGCUUUUCGUCGAUAACAUCUUCAGAUUUACCCAAGCAGGAUCUGAAGUCUCUGCACUGUUAGGUCGUAUCCCUAGUGCCGUAGGGUAUCAGCCUACGCUUGCCACGGACAUGGGUAGCAUGCAAGAACGUAUCACUUCAACGAAAAAAGGAUCUAUCACAUCUGUGCAGGCCAUUUAUGUCCCCGCUGAUGAUUUGACUGAUCCUGCUCCUGCUACCACAUUUGCUCACUUGGACGCAACCACUGUUCUAAGCCGUGCAAUUGCUGAGUUAGGAAUUUAUCCUGCUGUCGACCCAUUGGAUUCUAACAGUCGUAUUCUGGACCCUAACAUUGUUGGAGAGGAACAUUACUCCGUUGCUCGUGGUGUACAGAAGAUCCUUCAGGAAAAUCGCUCUCUGCAAGAUAUCAUCGCUAUUUUAGGUAUGGAUGAACUAUCAGAAGAAGAUAGGUUAACAGUAUCUCGUGCCAGAAAAAUCCAAAGGUUUUUAAGUCAACCCUUCCAAGUUGCAGAAGUAUUUAUUGGUCGUGAAGGCAAAUUAGUAUCUCUGAAAGAUUCUAUCAAGGGCUUCAAGAUGAUUAUCAACGGUGAAUUAGAUCAUAUACCUGAAGCUGCGUUCUUCAUGGUUGGAGCAAUUGAAGAUGUAUUGGAGAAAGCAGAACAACUGGCAAAAGAAAGCUCAUAAAUGCCGUUUAUCAGACUCGAUAUUGAGUAGUUAGCUGUAAAUUCAAUAAGCCAAUGUUCAUUUUAGAAGAAAGAUAUGAAGUUAAUUAUAGGAUUUUGCUACUUAUUUUCAAGAGGUUUUUUUAAUGCUUUGGUCGGUAAUAUAGGGUAGCUUGCACAAUAUUAUCUCAAUUACUUUGUUAUACAACAUUAAAAUCAAAAGUUUUCUGAUGUUUACAGAAAUUAUGAAUGCCUCAUGAUUAAAUUACUUAAAAUAGCGUGAUAUUUCUAAUAUCUUUGAGUUGCGUGUUGUUUACGAUUCCUCAAAU